AUGGAUAUCCUCCGUAUCCUGCGCCUGGACCUUCAAACCAGCCGCAGCCAGAUCCAAACCAAUGGCGAUACCCACCACCGUGGAUGUAUCCGCCAGGACCAACCUCCACGAGUGGGACCGGAGGCGUACUACACUCCAGCGCCACCGGAACCCCAGCCAAGCACAUCACGGCCCGACGGGUUACGUGAUUACCCAUUACGGGUAUUCGUGGACGGACGAUUAACGGUUUACAACCGGCCAGAAGAGGUUCCACCAGAAUUGGCGGCACAACUUGGCCUAGCCGAAUUGGAACCAGCAGCACAGCCAACACCGAAUCCAGUGUCGGCUGUCCCAUUAACCUGUGUCAUAUCUGACAUGGUCGAACCCAUAUCAUCGCCAAUACCAGACGAUGAUGAAGAUGAAGAGGACGUCCAGGUGGACCCAACCACUCCACCAAUGAGGACUGAGUCCCCUACAGAACUUUUGGCCGACGGCCGGAUUCCACUCUACCAACUUCAGGACAACCUGAAGGAAGUAGAGAACGCCAUCCAAGAAUUGGAGGCCAUGCUUCGAGAAUUGGACCUGCGCAGCCCUCACUACCGUGAGAUGGCCCGGCGCAUCAUUCUCGACCAAGAUGAAUUCCGGCGACUCGCACAUGAACUUAGCGAGGAAAUUGCGACCCGCCAGGCCCAGCAUGAGAUAUUUCCUCUGCAUGACCAAACCGGUCAGGCAUUGCUGGCGGCAUCUCGCAGGCUGAGGGACCAGCUGGUACAGCACCGGACGGACAUACGGCUGAGGACCGAAGGAUCCGCAGCGCCAACGCGUCCGCCACCAACACCAAUAGCCCCACCGCCCCCAUUGAACCCAACAGUCGUAGUUACCACUACGACAGGGGAACCUUCUGCACCACCAGUGGCCCAGUCUACGUCUACCGACGAGGCAAUGUUAACGGCCACUGGACUGGAACCGCGAGAACCAGCGUCUUCUCCGUACGACCUGAGGGCUUAUCCAGACAUACCGCCUCUGGAACGCGAACUUCACGCGGCGGAACUCCUAGAGGAGGCAAUCCGCAAAGCCAUCAGCGACCUAAAAGGCACCGAUGUCGCUACCAUACGGAGAAAAGUCGCGUUGGACUUGGAAUUCCAACGCGUCCUGGAAUACAUAACCAGGAUCCGACGGGCCAUGCUGCGGUUUAUGGAUAAGCCAUUAAACACGGCCAAUGAUGCGCCAGCAUUACGCGACUUCCGUAACCGGCAGUACCAGCUUGGCCUGAUAGACGAAGCACUUAGGCGCGUGUUGCCUAAACCCCGACCGGGGCAGCCAACACGCGUCGGACAAACUGGACUCCUGACGCCAACGCAAUCCUCAACACGCCAACCGGCGGAAGAAUUGAGGACGCGCGUCACGAGAAUUAUGAGGAUCUCGGCCGAACGAUUUGCGGCCGGACCGGCACUUAGUCGACCAGCCAGCCCGUCGGGCACAGAAACCGACAGCGACAUCGAAUGGUUCGACAUGCCGGAUCCAACUCCAGUACCAGGGCUGACAGCCCCACCUGACCAUUUGGUCGCGCCAGAACGACAGGUCCAUCCUAGACCAACUUCGCUGGCGCCGCCACCAGAAAUCGAGGAACGGUUGGCACUCAUUGGGAGGGCCGUCAUCAGGCCAUUCAGACCGGCUUACACGGAUGACUUUCCCGUGUUAAACCAGCCGGACAACGCCAAUCGACCGGCCCCUCGAACCACUCAACCGGCCCCUCAAACCAAUCAACCGCCCCAGCGUACUAUACGCCAACAAUGGGAAGAAGACCAGGCAGCAGCGGACCAACGGUUGCGCGAUGCUGACACCGGUCCUGUCAUUAUGACGGCACCUCAAAUAGUGAGGCAAAGGCACCUGAUCCGGGAUGCCGAAGAUGUUUAUCGCCGUCUGUACGACAGAAUAAGAGAACUUAAUCCGCGUGACCCAGAAACGGUCAGGCUGACCCAACGGCAGCAAAGCUUAUCCCAACGGGUAGAUUUGCUCAGGGAACUUACACCGAACAACACGAUGCCUACCGGCGAUUCGUUAGUUGUUGUCGACCACACCACGAGAUGGAUCCGUGAAUUUAUCGAGGAUUACUGGAAGGUCCAACGACCUGGCCCGUCAACGACGGCACGCCCCAGUGACUUCGAUCCAGUAAACGAAUGGCGACCAUCAUCAGUGCCGGCGCCAGCACCUUUGGCCCUGACAUACGAGCCGGUCGCCCCACCAUCAGUUGGACAGCCAAUUCCAACUGAGUUGGCCCAGGCCCUAACGGUGCCUGGCCCAACAUCAAGCCAACCAGUGGACGCUGCUAUACCCGCCACAGCGGACAGCAGCAAAGAAGCCACACCGCAGGACGUCGAAAUGGACGUGAGCCUGCCUGACAAUACCCUCGAGCUUUCUUCGGAAAAGCCGACUGAACCAGAGUCGACACCAGUCCAACUGGCUGGUGCACCGACAAGUCCAAUGGCUGUUGAUGCGCCAACGGCGUCAUCACAGCCCACACUGAAGCCAAUCGAAGGCGACACAUCAAGUGGCACGCUCAUUGUCCGAUCAACGGACAGGAAAUCGACAGGAGGAAGGCCAGAACCAGCCACUCCUGCCACAACGAGCGGUCCACAGUCGCCCAGGUUCAAGAAGAAGAAGAGGACUCCUCCAGAAGCAGAAGAGCCUCCUUCACAACGGUCACUCCCACCUUGGAGAGGACCAAGAGAGAACCUGGAACUUACUCGUCCAACCAGGCCCACUCUACCAGCGUGGAGUGGCCCGCCAGCGGACUUAGACGUUCCUGGCCCUACCAGGCCCGGCCCGUCCAUACUCAAACCGAAGAAGGCGGAACCACCGACUCUUACACUUCGUGGUCUGACGACCAAGAAGAAGAAGUCGCCGCCAAAGAACUUCCCUGGACAAGAACAUGUGCUUUCACCACCGGAAGCACCAAAGAUUCCUUCAGGAACAACUCAGCCAUUGCGGGACGAACCUCCAACGAGGCAUCGCAUCCGAUUGGCUCAAACAGAGUCAUGGGAUGACCCGCAUAACCGGGCUGUCAGCGAGAUCAUAGAAGUUGAUCUUCGCUUAAAUUUGACUGAAGAGGACAUGCGCCAGCGACUCCGCGCCGGCGACCCGGCAUUAACGGACCACGAGAUUGACCGCAUCAACCGAGGCUGUCAGUUGUUGGUCCAGGAACGAACAAUCCUCAUCAGAAAGCUGAUGGCCAUGCGGAGCAAAAGCCAGGCCCUUCGCCAACGCAAGCUGCCUAGCGAAAUCAUUGAGCAUGCCAUCUACAUACGAGGUCCACACAUUGACCCAAGAGCAUGGACCGUUGAACCACGCCCAAAACCAGGCCAGCCAGUGGAAGACCAACUCCCACCGGAAGAGGCAGAAAGUGAGGACGAACGUCCUCAGAUGCCAGCGGCCUUUUGGGGCGUCAUGUCCAGUGAAGAGUCGGAGAACGAAUCAGACUUGGACGAAAAUGUCCAAAGGGCGCUAUAUGAGACCAGUCAGGUUCAUCACUUGAGCCAGUAA